AUGGACAGAGUACUGCCUGAGUUGAAAAAGCUAGCCUCGUUUCCUUCGAAGCUUCGAGUCUACAUCACUUCCGACAUUGAGAAUGAGCCUGACGACCAAGAGUCCCUCGUCCGAUAUCUUCUGUAUGCGAACGAAUUCGAUACCAGAGGUAUCUGCGCGGUCACCUCUGCAUGGUUGUCGUCGUGUACGGCUCCCGAGUCGAUGCAUCAGAUCAUCGAUGGGUACAAAUUGGUAGUCGACAAUCUGAACAAACAUGUCCAUCCUGAUGCGCAGUACCCCUCCGCGGAGGAUCUGCACAAACUUGUUGUUUCAGGCCACCCUGUGUACGGCAAAGAGGCUUUAGCUCUCCCUCCGAGUCGAGGAGCACUAGAUCUGGUGGAAAAACUAUGCGAGUUUCCAAACCCGCUUUGGGUUGUUUGCUGGGGUGGAACAAACGUCAUUGCGGAAGCAUUGCAGCAUAUUCGCAGGACGAAGGCCUCGACAGACGAGGCUGCGCUGCAUGCACGCCUUCGAGUAUACGCUAUAUCGGACCAAGACGACACAGGAGAAUGGAUUAGGAACACGUUCCCCGAGGUCUUUUACAUUGCAUCCAUUCAUGGGUUCGGAGCGUUCGACAUGUCUACAUGGCAGGGCAUUUCCCACCCCAUCUCAGGUGGUGACUUGAGCAAAGCAUCCAAGGAAUGGCUCCGCGAGAACAUCCAAAAAGGUCCACUUGGAAACGUCUACCCCACUCCCAUGCACAUUAUGGAAGGGGAUACCCCGACGUUUCUAUAUCUAAUCCAAAACGGCCUGGGUGACCCGGAGCAUCCGAGCUUCGGAAGCUGGGGUGGACGGUAUCGGGCAAUCAAAGUUGGCAGCGCGCACUAUGCCGACGUCGUUGACACGAUUGUUGACGUCCAUGGGACUGAGCGGACUGAUCAGAAGGCGACCAUUGCCCGGUGGCGUGACCACUUCCAGAACGACUUCGCAACCCGAAUGAGCUGGUCUCUAGAAGCCAAUUUCUGGGAUGCCAGCCACCAUCCAGUGCCAAUCAUUGACGGGUGCUGCGGUCCCCAAGUUAUCAGACGGAGGGUGCAGUCAGGCGAUGUGAUUGUGCUAGAUGCCAGCGCUUCAUAUGACCCUGACAGCCCCUUGGAUAACUCGGGAUUGGAGUUUCAGUGGUAUCAAUAUCAUGAGCCGACAAUCAACCAUCCUAUUGGUGCGCAGGCAACUCCACGCUGCAAGCUGAGGCCGUUGGCGCCGCCGGCGGAAGGAGACUCAAUGCUGGCCUAUAACGACGCGGGUUUCACCAAUGUUGCCCUCGGCCCCAAGGUCGAGAUCACGGUGCCGGAUGCAAAAGCCCCGGCAAUCUUAAACUACCCAGCACUUCACUGGCUGCCCCACACAGGCCUUGAUGGCAUGUCAUAUCACAUUAUUCUGCAAGUGUCUAACAAGACGGCAAAAUUUCCUGUGCGGAGAUACCUCCGAGUGAUCUUAGAUGCUGGUAUGUCGUAA